AUGAUUAUUCUAACACUUUUAGACCAACCCAAAAAAAUAUAUAAAUGUGAUUGGGAAGACUGUUCACGAACAUUUGUACGUGAAGACUUAUGGUCUCGACAUGUUGCCAGACAUUUGAAUCCUAGACAAGAGUCUCGAAUGAAGAGACUCAGAUUACGCUAUAAUCAAAUGAAGCAAGAUAUGGAAGCUGAUGGUAUCAAAAUGGGCGAAUUAAACCAGUUGACUGAUGAUUCAGAUGAUCAGGAUACGGAGGGUAUGAGCCAAGAUCCCCAGCAACCGCCUCAUUCAGAGUCACUUCCUGUUCUUAACAAUACCGCAAAUCCUGCUAUUCCAUUAACUAAAAUGACAAACCCUUUUGAGCCUUUUAGGCCCAUAAAUGGUCCAACUGGUAUUGCCACUGCAUUGUAUUCCAACGAACGAAGUACUACAAGACCAGAAAUGGCUCCUCCACAACAGAUGUAUCCCUAUUCUUAUCCUCCAGAACAACCACCUAGUCCUCCUAUCCAAACUGAGAGACCCAUAAAGCAACAGCUAUCGCAACCUAUAGAGGAUCCUCCCAUGUCACAAAUUAUAAUACAGGAUAGAAUCAUGCCAAUUGCUGGCAACACACCUACUAGUAGUGGAACUGCUCUUACCAUUACUACUACUUCCGUUGCCCAAACCGCGGCCAUGACCAAUCAAAAUCCCGACCCCAUGUUAACAGGGUCAGUUGAGAGCAACGAAGUUGUUUCAGAUUUACUACCUCUAAACUCGUCAGACUUGAUUUCCUGGCUCUUUUCCGAUGAGCUGUUGUCAAAUGUAAAAGACCCACUACUAUCUCCCUCAUACUUUCAUUCGCCUGUCUCUCUACAAAACUUGUUAACACCACCAGAGCACCAAGAAUCAGUUUCAAUGAGUGAGGACAAACGACAAGAACUUUUAGCGAUAUUGCCUAUUGCUACCUCGUUCAAGUAUAGCGGUUUGGUUUACUUACAGAGAUAUAUUGGCAAGUUCUGGACAUAUUUUCACCCUCAAUAUCCACUUCUUCACAAGCCAAGCUUCACUGCUGAUAUGUGUCCUUCUGGAUUACUCUGGGCUAUAAUUUUACUAGGUGCCUCGUAUGAUCAAGCAGGUGAGUUUGCUGCCUCAAUAUCAGAGCCACUUCGUUUGUAUAUUCUUCAGUCGCCCGAUUUCCAUCCACCAGCAAAGCUCUGGGUUAUUCAAACAUUGGUACUGCUAGAAGUCUUUGAAAAGACUAUGUCGACACGUAAGAUUCAUGAACGAGGACACAUAUAUCAUGGCAUCACAUUACAGCUGAUUCGAAGAGGCUCGGUAUUGAUGGGUUUAGAACUUCAACGCCAAUAUGAUCCUUGGCAACGAUGGAUCGAGAGUGAGUCGAAUAAUAGAGCAGCUUUGAUGGCAUUUAUCUUAGAUGUGUUUGAUGCUACUCUCUUUGGACACUCCAUGGUUCUUUCACUCCAUGAAAUCCAACUGAGCCUUCCAUGUUCAGAGUCUGUCUGGUCUCAAUUCCCUAGUAAAAAGGCUAUUCCUCCAAGAUCCAACAUGCCAUUUUUAGAAGCUCUUAAGAGAACGCUAAACAAACAACCAGUGGUGACCGGCUCUUUUGGUCGUCGGGUACUUCUCGGUGGACUACUUUGCAUAUCACAACAGAUGUUACAGCGUGAUUUGCAGAUUGCCAGUAUAGGAUGGAAGACUUUCAAAGAGACAUGGCGAGGUAUUCUAGGACCAACUUAUGACUUUUGGAAACAAGAUUAUGAUACUUUCCUGGAGCAGCAAAAAGGCGAACCUGUACAAGAAAUAGAAGAAGCUCCCGACGCUGUCAAAGCCCAUCAUGACGAUGAAGAAUCUCGAAGUGUUAUCAGCACUACCAUGAGUAAUGCGAGUACCAGUACCUCGUUGGAAGUUAAUGGAUGUACUGCUCCAUUCUAUCAUCUUGCCUAUCUAACUUUAAGAAUCCCCAUCCGGUCGAUUCUAGUGUACUCAGGUUUCCCUAAUGUUAUCAGUUCACCUGUGAGGUCCGGAGAUCGUGAGAAUAGUGUUCGCGCUUUGAAAGACUGGGCAUUUGGUAAUAUUGAUGGCAAGGUGUACGGAAAUCAUGGAGGAAAAAUCGCUUAUUGGCACGCAAUCGAGUUUCUUAGAGAGAUGUAUCUCACAACCUAUGAUGAGCUAAUUAUUAUGAAAGAGAAGGGAAUAUAUCGUGGAAGUACCAACGAAGAAGACUUCAACAACGGGAACAUUGUAGAUAUAGAGCUUUUUGGUUGUUGCUGUCCAUUCUUGUUGAACCCGGUAAGCAACUUUAGCCGAGAUCAUGACCAAACUGCUGAUAACACACAUCGCAAAUCAGCAUCCUCUCCUGUUAGAAGAUAUCUUCGUCGUAAUUAUUUCGCAAGAGACGAUCCCAUUGACAAAAGGCCAUAUGCUGUUUAUAUUUGUGCUCUUGCCGUGUGGGCUUUUGGUCAUUGUCAACAUGGCGUGGAAUCAAACGCUCUCAAAAAUACAUUGGUUGACCUGGGAGUUUCAGUACGUGAUGUUGGGGCUGAGACCACACCAAACUCGCCAUCGGUACAAAAGGUACCACAUGUGGGAGGAAAUACUUCUGAAAAAGUUGCUGACAAUAUACUCGAAAGCAUGAACCAUAUUGAAAGCAAAGAAGAUGGAUACGACUUUCUUUACCGAAUAACCUCUAAUAAGCCAGCUGAUCUCAGUGAAGUACAAAACAAGCAGAAUACAGUUGGUCUGCUGCGUAUGGUUGUUGACUCGCUAAAGGACGUUCAGGGUGAGCUAGUUCGUGAGGGUCGACGUCUGCUAAUCAACUGUAUCGAGCGGUCUCUUGGUCGAGAGAAAGUUGUCUGUGAAUACAUGUUUGACCAUCAAAUAAAGUAG